AUGCUCUGGCUGGCGCUGGUCUGCGCGUGGCUGCUCGCGGGCGCGACGUCCACAGCGGCAGCGCAACGAACCGACCCCUUUCUGGACGCGGGGGGCACGGUUCUCAUCGCGACGCCAACGCUGGACGGCCGCGUGCAAGGCAGCUACAUGGGCUCCGUUCUGAGCACCUACCGCCAAUUCAUAGUCGACAAUGCAGUCCCAGGAUGGACCGUGGACCAAGUCUCCCUGGCAAAGAUCUCGAACGUCGCGACGGCCCGGGCGAUGCUGGCGUCCUACUUCCUGGACAACCCUCGCUUCAAGGCCGUGGUGUUCGUCGACGAAGACAUCUCCUUCCCGCCCGGCGCGAUCGAACGGCUGCUGCGGAGCGGGAAGGACGUCGUCGGGGUGCCCUGCGCCAAGAAACACGUGUCCUGGGCCAACGUGAAGCACGCCGUGGAGAGCGGGUGGGUGCAGCAGGGGGAGUCGUGGGAGCCGAUGGCGUACGAGUUCGCGCUCCAGCCGCUUCAGGACGGCCAGCGGGACCUGCCCAACGGGUGGUUUUACGCCCACCGCACUCCUGACGAGAACGGCUUCCUGCAAAUAUCCAGGCUGGGCACGGCGAUGCUGAUGAUCCGCAGGCACGUCAUCGAGCGCAUGAUGGAGGCGUACGCGCACGAGGUUGGCUACAACGGGGGCCAGCGCCCCGGAGAGCCCCCCCCAGUCGCAAACUUGUUCAUGACGUACGUCGAGGAGCCGGAAGGGUCCCCGCCGGGCACCAGGCUGCACGUCCCGGAAGACUACGCGUUCUGCGAGAGGUGGAAGAGACUGGGGGGCACGAUCUGGGUCGACACGAAGAGCCACAUCACGCAUACAGGAUACUACGACUUCCGGGGCGAUCACUGGUUCCGGAAAUAUGAGCGCGUGCCGUGGGUCGUGCGCAUGCCCUGGGCGGACGACCCGACGGACUUCGGGGGCAAGAUCGAGCCGGACGUGGCCGACUCCAUCGGCCAAGGCAAGCAGGAGUUGUAA